GAAGAUCAAGUGCAGAACUCGUCAGCGGUCAUAAUUUGUGCUCCGAGAGCGAAUCCUGCCGACGUGACUCUUUCAUUUGGCGUCUGGAGGGAAAAUGGCGAAAUCUCUCGCAGAUCAGGUCGAUAUUCGACCCUUGCGUGCCAACGAAGUGAAGUUCGCUGUUGACAUCUGGAAAGAACAAGGCUUGGAGGAAGGCCUCCAUACGUUGCAGCUCUGGCACCAGACCGAUCCAGAGGGCUUCGUCGGCGCAGUUCUCAAGGACACAGGCGAAGUUGUCGGCAGUUGCGCCGCAAUUAAACAACGCGAAGACCUCUACUUCGUCGGGCUCUACGCGGUACGUACAGAACUUCAAGGACGAGGCAUCGGAAUGAAAAUGUGGGAGUAUGCGAUGAAGCGUGUCGGCGAUAAUAACGCGGGGCUCAACGCCGUGCCGAAGCACCUCUCAACUUAUCGCGACCACGCCGGAUUCUCUCAUGUGGCCGCUUUCAACACCUGGGUUUAUGCCGCUCCAUGGGGAGAACUCAACAUAGAUUCGCUCGCUUCGCUCAAGGACGACAGCGUUGAGAUCAGGCGAGUCAACGUAGGAGACGACGAGGUUCUCGGAAUGCUCGUCGACUACGACGAGAAGGUGCACAGCUUCCGUCGAGAGCGAGCCAUCCGGGUCACCAUGGACGACGACGACGGCAUCCUCCUGGCUUCCUUCGGAGCAAACGGCGUUAUCGUAGGUUUUGGGAAAAUCAGCACCAAUAUCCAAGAGGGAGCCCUCGUAGGACCUCUGUACGCGAACAGUCUCCCGAUCGCUCGAGGCCUCCUUCAUGCGCUGGUCACAGAGUUCUCCCCGAGCAGAGUGAACGUGACCGCCUUCGCUAUGGACGGCAACCCCGAUUCCUGUCGUCUGACCGAGGAGCUUGGUUUGAAGAAACUCAUGGCGGUUCCUCGCUGCUACCGUAACCCCGACGUUCCAAAGGCUGACUUUAAGAAGGUGUACGCGCACCACACGCUCAACUUCUCGCUGUUCUAA